AUGGGUGAACCUCCAGAUGGCAAUGAUCAUGACUCCGACCUGACUAUGGUGGAAGUUGAAUCCCUUGAAGCAAAUCAUAAUAUUAUGAAUGACCCUAGGAAUCUUCCUGCUGACUCUGUUGCCUUACAACAGGCUUCGGUUGUGGGAUAUGAAAUUCCUUACAGCAGCAAACAGUUCUUAAGGGAUAACAGACUUGAUAUCGUUGGUAUUGUUGAGCCACGUUCCAGUGGUAGCAAGGCUGAUCUUAUUAUUGCUUCAUUGGGUUUUCACCAUUCGCAUCGCAUUGAGGCUACUGGUUACUCUGGGGGUAUCUGGCUCUGUUGGUAUGAUUCAGUUGAAGUCUCUAUUCUCCUCAAUCAUUUCCAAUUUAUUCACUUCCGAGUUUCAAGCAAAUGUGAUAACGCUUCUUUUCUCGCCACUCUUGUUUAUGCUAGUCUUCAAGCCAUGAAAAGGCGCUGUCUCUGGCACCAUAUUGGGAAUCUCGCCUCUUCCAUCCACUCUCCGUGGAUUCUUCUUGGUGAUUUAAUGCGACCCUUAAUGCCGCAGAUAGGAAAGGGUCCGGAUUUCACCUGGUCCCAUGGCAUGGCUCAAGCUCGCCUUGAUCGCGUUCUUUGCAACAGCUAUUGGGACGAAUUUCCUGAUUCUAUGCCCAUUUUAUUGAGUGUGGGUGACAAUAACAAACACCAUCACAAUCAUCCUUUCAGAUAUUUCUCCGGUUGGCUCAAACAUGAUGAUUUCCCGCGUUUGGUCACGGAUAACUGGUCUGGUAACUCUUCACUAUCUGAUACCAUUCGCGCUUUUACCCAUGCUGCUGACUCCUGGAAUAAAAAUGUCUUUGGCUACAUAGGCAUGAAGAAGAAAAUUGUGAUGGCACGUCUUCGUGGUGUUCAAAAGGCACUGGGGCAGCGCCACUCUUCAUUGCUUUCUUCUCUUGAAUCUGAACUACUUCUUGAACUCGAGCGUCUACUUGAUGAAGAACUUAUGUGGCGACAAAAAUCUCGUUCUGACUGGAUUCAUUUGGGUGACCGUAAUACAAAGUAUUUUCAUAAAAAAUCCAUGCUUCGCAAACAGAGAAAUAAAAUUGCUGCAAUCAAACUGAAUGAUGGUACAUGGUGUCAUGAUGAAGACGUCUUGAAGGAGGAAGCAUGGGGAAUGGAUUGUUGGUUAUCAAAAGUCUGUAGGCAUUACCCAUAUACUCUUCAAGCUGAAUUGUGGGGUAUACAGAUACUCAUUGGUCUCCAAACUGCCUGGUAA